CAUGCUAAUGGUGCCAUUCCCCGUUUCCCCGCCGAUUCUCCCGCCGCGACGGCGGCGCGGAUAACGAGAGGAGGAUGCGCGGGAAUUUGUUGUUGUUGUUGUUGAUGCUGUUCCGGCUGCGGCAGGGACCAAGGAGGCGUCGCGCUUCUUCAUCCCAUCGUGAAGUCGAAGCACCAGCAGAGAGUCCAGCGACGCAACCUCAGCCCGACCAUUUUUACUUGUACAUGGAGACCCCCAGCUGGGCAGGUAACGCGUUGUGCAAGUCGGGAAGCAUCGGCGUCUUUGGGAACGUGGUAUACAGCGGACUGCUCAACGAGCACUUGUGGCAUCUGGGAGUGCCGCUCUUCACGAGACUGGGUAACCAAGAGGCCGCCAACCCCCCGGACGCCAUGACCCAGCUGCCCCCACAGACCGGCACCCCCGCCGAGUUCGCCGCGCCGCACCCCCUCCCCACGCCCGACUACAGCGGGCAAAGCCGCGUGGCCGAACACGCCAUGACGCUGUACACGCCCACGCCUACGCACAGCGAGCCGGCGCCGGGCACCGACAGCAGCACCCCCAGCAUCGCCGCCCCCGCGUCCGUACCGACAGACGACGUGACGCAAACGGACGCCUCGCAGCACUCAGACUCGUCGGAGAAGCAGCAGCCCAAACGGUUACACGUGUCCAACAUUCCCUUCCGCUUCCGGGACCCCGACCUGAGGCAAAUGUUUGGGCAAUUUGGAAAGAUCUUAGACGUGGAGAUUAUCUUUAACGAGCGAGGAUCCAAGGGCUUCGGCUUUGUAACCUUCGAAACGAGCAUGGACGCCGACCGCGCACGGGAGAAACUAAACGGUACAAUCGUAGAGGGACGCAAGAUCGAGGUGAACAACGCCACAGCGCGAGUAAUGACCAACAAGAAAGUGGCCAACCCCUACACCAACGGUUGGAAGUUGAACCCGGUGGUGGGCGCCGUCUACGGUCCCGAGCUCUACGCCGUAACGGGCUUCCCGUACCCCGCCACGGGCACCGCCGUGGCCUACAGGGGGACCCACUUGCGAGGUCGGGGGCGGGCAGUCUACAACACCUUUCGCACGGCCCCUCCGCCGCCGCCCAUCCCGGCUUAUGGAGCGGUGGUGUACCAGGACGGCUUCUAUGGUGCCGAGAUCUACGGUGGCUACGCAGCGUACAGAUUCGCCCAGCCCACCACCACCGCCGCCUACAGCGACAGCUACGGCAGAGUCUAUGCAACGGCCGACCCCUACCACCACACGAUCGGCCCCGCCGCCGCGUACAGCGUGGGAACCAUGGCUAGCCUCUACAGAGGAGGCUACAGUCGCUUCGCGCCCUACUAAAACCACCAAACAACACAUGCACACACACCACCAAAAGCAAACCCCCCCCAAAAA